CUGCGUGCUGAGAAAUAUAAGAAGAGCAAGGGCAAGAAAAAUAAGCAAGCGCGGAUCAUAUGGCCGCGCGGUCUUCAGCAGCAGCAGCUACAACAACACCCCACCAAGAGUACCACCGCAGCCGAGAAAUGCAACUCCACCAUGCUGCUACCGUUAGACCGGAUCAGCAUGGGUACUCCCUAGGCCACUCGCAUCAGACCGGGCCCUACCCGAUGCACUCGUUCUCAGGGCCGCCGUCUUCCUCGGUGGCAGGAGGCAUCGACCUGCGGUCGGCCCGCGACUCGGGCUCGACCGGAGUUUUUUUGCAUCCCGGCACCAGCGGCGACGGCGGCGAGGCGGUUAGAGCUCUGGGUAACAACAUGGGUGUCAUGUCUGCGGCUUCUCCUCCUUCCGCUCCCCCUACCUCCCGAAGAGACGGCUACCCGGACGUCGCGGUUGCCAGGCAGUGCGAGCGAGAGGGGUGUAAUGUGCAGCCCUCCUAUGGCAAGGUCUGGAAGAAGCCGCGGUUCUGCGCCAGGCACAAGCUUCCCGGCAUGAUGGACGUCCGGAACCGGCGGUGUGAGGAGCCCAACUGCACGCGCCAGCCGUCCUACGGCAAGGAAGGGCAGCGGAGACAGUUCUGCUUCACUCACAAGAGAGAGGGCGACGUUGACGUUAAGUCCACGAGAUGUAAGAGCACCGGGUGCCCGAAGCACGCCAUGUACGGACGCCCCGGCGAGAUGCCGCAGUACUGCUCCGCCCACAAGGCGGAAGACAUGGUGGACGUCAAGAAGCGGCGCCGAUGCAACGCCGACGGCUGCGAGCGCCGCGCCAGCUAUGCUCUCGACGGGGAGAAGGCGGCGUUUUGCUCCGCCCACAAGCAGGCCGGGCACGUGAACGUCAACAACAGGAGGUGCGAAUUCCACGGGUGCUCUCGGCGGCCGGUGUUCUCCUUCCAGGGCGAGAAGCCUCGCUUCUGCCUGGCGCACAAGCUGGACGGCAUGCAGGACAGCCGCCUCAACGCCGAAGGCCGCGGCCGCGGCAGGGCUGGGGCCGCUAGCCGCCCGUCUCAGGUGGCGGCGGCUCAGCAGCGAAUCUACGGCGGCCAGAACGCCGGCGGCUACGGCCGUGGAGGCGGCGGCGGUGUUGGUGGCCGCAGCAUGGCCAACGGCAACAUGAGAGGAGGAGGUGCUACCGGCGUGAACGGCGACAUGAUGUUCGGCGCGAGGGCCAACGGCGACAUGAAGGGCUCGAUGCUGUCGCACGGGGGCGGGGGCAUCGGCGGGCCCCACCGCAACGUCCAGGAGCGGGCGACGGCGGCGCAGGCAACGGCCAGCGCGGCGGCGGCGGUCAUUGCCGCCAUCGAGGACGGGGCCCGCCUUGACUCCCGCGGCCACGCGGUGCACGGCGUGUACAGGAACGGCGGCGGCGGGUUCCGGGAGAGCGAGGUCGACAUGUACGAGAGCCUCCAGCACGGCGGCGGCUUCGGCGGUGGCGGCGGUGGCGGCGGUGGCGGCGGCGGCGGGAGCAUGGCCCGGCCGAAGACCGAGCCCGCCUGGGCGUCCGCCCUGUUCAGCUCGGAGGGAAGGGACGGCAACGGCGCCGGCUCGCUGGACUCGAGCCGGCCCUCGUCCGCGGGGAUGGCGCCGCCCCACGGCUACGGCGAGGUCUGGCAGUCGGCACCGUCGAGGACGGGAGGAGGGGCCGGGUCGCCCCCUGUGGGGUCGGCGGCGUCGACGUUGUCGGACGUGUCCAACGGGUCUGCCGCCGUCGGCAUCGUGAGCAGCCGCGAGAUCAACGAGGCGGAAAUGUACCACCGAAUGGCGAGCGCAUCCGCGCCCAUGGACGGCGGCGGUUCGGGACGUGGUGUGUUGUCCUCGCAGCACUACUCCGACGAGCGCAACAACCGGGGUUUCCUGAACGGCCUCACCAACAACGGCGGCGGCGGCGGCGGCGGUGACUUCGUGUCGACCUUCUCCUCCCAGCAGGGCAACACCUGGCAGGAGGACGACGGCAGCGGGAACGGCGGGCCCGCCGACCUGCAGUGGGAGAGGGCGGAGAGGUCGCGUCCCCGCCCGCCGCCGCUGCCCGCACCGCUUUCCCAGCAAUCGGCGUCGUCUUCCGGGUGGGGCCGGCCCGUCGGGGCCAACUCGGCCGAGAUGCACCGGCACGGGGGGGGCGGGGGGGGGGGCAUGAUGCACGCGCCCCCGCAGCAGCAGCGCCUGCCGAGCAUCUUGGGCAGCCGAAGGGGUGGCGGCGGCGGGGGGGCACCUAUCAUGGGUGCCGCUGUGGGCGGCGGCAUGGGGGGCUUCCCCGGAGGAGAUGUUCGUGACGGAGCGGGGUACGACAUGAGGACGGGCCGAGAAUCCGUGUGACGGGGUCUCUCAUGGUUUCACACGGCGCAGGCCGUGUAGAGCAAAGUUCGUGCGGUGGAACCGAUGAGGUAUGG